GCGUUGAAAAAUAUUUAGAUCGAUUUUGACAAAUAGUGGUUGACAUCGAGUCCGAAUACAAAAAUGUAGUCAAAUAAUGGUAAAGCUUGUUUGGUGUCUUACAGCGUUUUUUACGAGUAUAAUUUUAUUUCUUUUAUUAAUGUACACGGGUGUGAUUGAUGUGAGAGGAGAGGAAACAUAAAACACAAUGCUGGUGUCCGGAACUACUAUACUGGGGACCGAGAUCCUUUUGAAGAUCAUAAGUCCGGAGGGCCACACGUUUAGUGCGUCCUUCGUCGACGAGACGCUAAUCGAAGAUAUCAAGAAUCGUGCCAUCGACUUCUUUUACCCGAACGGCGAGCACGGAGCGAGCCGGUACAAGCUGAUCCGAGUGUACGACACAACCACGCUGCACGACUUCCUGACGUUAGCGCAGGAGCAGUUGGCCAUGCAGGAGGAGCUGCUGUUGGUAGAGCGCCGUCUGCCUGAGGCCGGAAACCUUUGGGACCUGGGCGCCGUACGUGCGCCGCAACAGACGGCCAUCGCUGCCGCCACCGCUUCGCUGCCGCCUCCGCACAGCACCGUGCGCCAGCCCAACCUGCAGGCGCUGCUCUCCACAAACGAGCUGACCUACGAGUUGCGCAAGAUCCUCAUAUCGCUGAUCGAGGCAGGUGCAAGGCUCGCUGCCGCCGGCAGGAACUACGAACUAACGUUAGCACAGCUCUCCGCCGCGCUAGACGAACCGCAGCGCACUCGUGAGCUGGACGCCCAGGUCAUUACGCCACAGGAGAUCGCGGCGCGCUUCAAUGUGCCGCAGCAGGACGCAUCCCCUCCCGCCGCCGGCGAAGCGGAGGGACCAUUUAGACGCGCCGCACACCUCCAGCGCUUCCUUGAAAAAUUCCGUACUUGGAGGCUAAAGAUAGCGGAGCCGCCCAACGCGGAGGCACUCGCGGCGCUCAAUGACCUUGGGUUUACUUCUGAGGAGGCGGACGAGGCGCUGCGCUGCACCGGCUGCAACGUGCCCGCUGCCGCCUCCUGGCUCAUCGGGGAGCGCGGCUCGAGCGUGUUUGAGUUGGUGAGCGGCCUGCCCGACGGCCUAAUCCUGCAGACACUGCUCAAGCAACCACAAAUCCAGCGCGGGCUGCUCAAUACGCGCAUGCUGAUAGCCUUCAUCGCGAUGGUCGGUCAGACUGGCAGCGCCGCACUGUGGCUCAACUCUCCUCACGGCAGCCCCCUAUUGUCGCAGAUCUCGCGCACCUACCACUCGGAGAAGUACUGUCUCGCUGUCAACCAGUUCUCCAAUGAGCGACCUGCGCAGCCAGCAGCGCCAUCCACCUCCAGACAAAGGCGUUGAUUGCAAUUCUUUUAAUAUUUUCUAAUAAAUUGUUAUAAUUUUUGUAAUACAUUUUUGCUUUCCCUUCCUGAUCCUUACCUUAUACAGAACUUUCCUAAACUGGCGUCUAAAAUUCAUCAAGUUUCUUCCAGUGAAAGUUCCGUUGAAUCGGUCCAGCAGUUCCGAGAUUACGCGGAACAAACGGAUUGACACUUCAAUUUGAUUAAUUAUAUAGA